CAGUAGGCAAUUUGAACCAAUUCAAUGUGCCACAAAGUUACAGAAAUAGACAAAGAGGAAGCUUCUGUAGAAAAAAGGUGUGACUAAUGAAAAGUAUCAACGUGACAUAAAAUGAAAAUAAAAGUGUUGACUUAGACAAAGAAGCUUCUAGCGUCGUCUUAUGAUACUCUGUCUAUCAGGGAAAAUGCUUUGGUGUGUGACUCUUAUUCUUGUCAGCUUUAUUGAAUCUCGAUCAGAGAGUUUACAGGUGGUUGGACCAGAAGAGACUCUUGUUGCUAUAUCUGGUGAAGAUCUGGUUCUGCCCUGUUUUAUCAAACCCAACACCAGUGCUGUGGACAUGACAGUGGAGUGGUUCAAACUAUAUGUAAAGGACUCAUUAGUGCAUCUCUACAGGGAUCAUGAAGAUAAAAAUGAAGGUCAGGCUCAGUCCUAUAGAGGAAGAACAUCACUGUUUAAAGAGGAGCUACAGAAAGGCAACACUUCACUCAAACUGUCAGAUCUGAAAAUCUCUGAUGAAGGAGAAUAUAAGUGUCUUGUUGAGGACAAAUCCGGGUCCGAUGACAUCACUGUGAAGGUCAUUGUAGAGGCUCAGGGAAGUCACCCAGUGAUCACGAUGGAGAGUUUUGAUAACUCAGGAGGGAUUAAUCUAGUGUGUGAGUCCAGAGGCUGGAACUCUGAACCUGAUGUUCUGUGGCUGGACAGAGAAGGAGUCACUCUGACUGCUGAAGAUACACAGAUACACAGACACACCAAGGGCUUUAGUGUGAAAAGCCACAUCACUGUUUAUGAUUAUAGCGACUCUAACAGGUUUUACUGCAGAUUUCAGCAAAAACAUCACAUGAUGGAGACAGAAAUUAUCAUCAGUAGUAAAGUCUUUGGUGGUUGGAAGUGGUUUGUUGGGAUUUCAGUUUCAGCAUGUCUUAUUGCUGUUGGAUUGAUCGUAACUGCAGUUGUUUGUCACAAGAAAGAGAUGCAGAAGCAGUCCAAAUUUGGGAAAUUAUAUUGUCUGUUUUCAGAGAGGCAAAUACAGAGGCUGGAAAAUGAAAUGAAGACUGAGAAGGAGAACGCAGAACUGCAGAGACUGAAUGUGGAAUACGAGUUAUUAAAGAAGAAGAAAUAUGCAGUGGAUGUGACUCUGGAUCCUGAUACAGCUCAUCCUGAACUCAUCCUGUCUGAUGAUGAGAAACAAGUGAAACAUGGAGACAUACGACAGGAUCUCCCUGAUACACCACAGAGGUUUGAUAGAAGGCCCAGUGUUCUGGGAAAGCAGGGUUUCUCCUCAGGGAGAUUUUAUUAUGAGGUGCAGGUCACAGGGAAAACUAAAUGGGAUGUUGGUGUGGCCACAGAGGACACUAACAGGAAGGGGUAUAUUACACUGACUCCUAAGAAUGGAAUCUGGACUGUGGCACAGAGGAAUGAGACUCAGUAUAGGGCUUGUGUUGGUCCCCCUGUCCCCCUCACACUGAGAGAGAAGGUGGAGGUUGUGGGGGUGUUUGUAGAUUAUGAGGAGGGUCUGGUCUCCUUUUAUGAUGUAAAGUCCAGAUCUCAUAUCUACUCUUUCACUAGUCAGUCUUUCACUGAGAAGAAACUUUAUCCAUACUUCUAUCCAGGUUUAAAUAAAGGAGGUACAAAUUCAGCACCACUGGUCAUUUCUCCUGUUUAA